CCUACCAUUUUCCGGAUCGCGUUGGACUACCUUCCGACGCAGGCAACGUCGGUUCCGUCAUGGCGAGUCUUCUCCGCGGGGCACGCUCGGUCCACCCUCAGCCCGGACGUCAUUGAGGCCUUGCAAAUGCUGAAGUACCUUGUUCGGCGGGGUAGCCUGUCGUUUACUGAC